GUCGCACGAGUAUAUUCAUGCCAGUGGCGGGAGUCCCCGAGGGAAGCCGGUGGGGCCUCCUCGCUCACUUCGCCGACAAGUGAUCGUUUACAGUUAUAGUCAGUCCGCAUUGGGCGCUCGGCCGGCCCUGACUAUAUAUCGGUACACGUAGUCGUUGAUAAAAUAUCGCUCCCGAUUUUUUUCGGAUUUUGCCGGAGCAGCCUGCUCCUCCUCCUCCUCCUCCUCCUCCUCCCUUUCUCUCGCCCUUUCUCAAAACGAGAAAUUGUGCUGAACAACAGUGAUUCUCUCUUCCCCCUCUUUCUCUCUCUCCCUCUUAUAAUUUAAUUAUUUUUUUUUUUUAUAUUUCCUUAUCGUGAUUGCCGAUAAUUGUCGUUGACGUUGCUGUUUACGAGUUGAAAUUGACAGCACCCGUCGCGACAGACAAAGCGUUAUUGAUAAUCGUCGAAGGCAGCGGGCUCGCGGGCUAAGUAACGAAUGAUGAUUUGGUGGCAAGAUCAAGUGAGUGUCGUGUGAAAGGAAAAGUGUGCGGGACGUUCCGGCGGCGAAAAGCGCGCUAGUGCCAGACGCCAGUUUCAGUGAGCGUACCACUCGCACGGGGCACUGAUGGAGAAUAAUCGACCGGCGAGAGGGAUCGAGCUGUGAUUUUGAUCGGAAUAAUGCGAAGCCUGGAUAGGCUAUCGGGUAGCGACCAAGACUGCGGUGAUCGGGAAAUGUACAUCGACCUGGACGACGCCUCCGUUGACUCGCUUACCGGCAAACGUACUCGCCACCAUGUCGCGGAGGUGGGCGAGGAGAGCGACAGCAGCGGAAGCGAGAGGAGUCCGAAGCAGGCGAAGAGAAGAAAUCGCGGCAGUGCGCCGCCGACCACGAGGAGACGGAAAAGCGGAAUUUCCGCGCGCGAGAGGAACCUGAGGAGGCUCGAGAGUAACGAGAGAGAGAGAAUGAGAAUGCACUCCCUCAACGAUGCCUUUGAGCAAUUACGCGAGGUAAUACCACACGUAAAAAUGGAGAGGAAGCUCAGCAAGAUAGAAACGCUCACGUUGGCUAAAAAUUAUAUAAUAGCACUGACGAAUGUCAUAUGCGAGAUGCGCGGCGAAGAACAACCGUACACAUUUGUCGAUGGCGAAUGCGGUUCUAGCAGCGGUGACAGUACCGGCCAACUAGAAUUAAGCGGGGGCGAACAACCGGACGAAUCAUCCCCCGCGUCGAUUCACGAGACCAACAACAACAGUCUUCUCCACGAAGAUCUAGAACGCAGGAUCUAAGAAAAUUCGAUCUACACGACAAGUGUCGGGACACUGUACAUGCACACAACCACGCACACAUACACGCGCACACAUACACGCACAGACUCUGUGAUAAACUAUCAUAUUAGUGCCUUUCGUAGAGACAGCAAUCCGCGACGAUUUGCUCAUUACUCGCCAUGGAUCUUCGUAGAUCGUCGUACGUUUUGAAAAAUCCGUGCAACAAAACGAUGAGUCCGCCGGGAUGCAAUAAAAGAAACGCAAGAAUAGGAAGAAGGGAAAA